GCGGGGGCGGGGCCCGGUGCGCGGGGGCGGGGCCUGCGGAGCGCGGAGGCAGCGGGUGGCAGCGGGGCUGUCCCGUCCCGUCCCGUCCCGUCCCGUCUUGUCCCGACCCUCCGCCGCCGCCAUGGGCCUCACGGUCUCCGCCAUCUUCUCCCGCAUCUUCGGCAAGAAGCAGAUGCGGAUCCUGAUGGUGGGGCUGGAUGCUGCUGGCAAGACCACCAUCCUCUACAAGCUGAAGCUGGGUGAGAUUGUCACCACCAUCCCCACCAUCGGGUUCAACGUGGAGACAGUGGAGUACAAGAACAUCUGCUUCACCGUAUGGGAUGUGGGUGGCCAGGACAAAAUCCGGCCUCUCUGGAGACACUACUUUCAAAACACGCAGGGUCUCAUCUUCGUGGUGGACAGCAACGACCGCGAGCGGGUGCAGGAGUCUGCCGAGGAGCUGCAGAAGAUGCUGCAGGAGGACGAGCUGCGCGACGCCGUCCUGCUGGUGUUCGCCAACAAGCAGGACAUGCCCAACGCCAUGGCGGUGAGCGAGCUGACCGACAAGCUGGGGCUGCAGGCGCUGCGCAGCCGCACCUGGUACGUGCAGGCGACGUGCGCGACGCAGGGCACGGGGCUGUACGACGGGCUGGACUGGCUGUCGCACGAGCUCUCCAAGCGCUAGCAGAGCCGGAUGAGCGGGGACAUCUCUCCCAACUGCUGUUUUGUUUUGUUUUCUUUGGUUUAUUAUGGGGGGGGGGGGUGUUUUUUUCCAUUCUCCCCAGCGUGGCCUCGUCUCUGUGUGUUUAUCUGGUAGGACGUGAGCUCAAGGACUCUGCAAGCAGCUCCGUUGCAAGCAGCUCCGUUUUGAGCGUCCUGCCUUUGCUGCGUGCCGGCCGCCCUCCCCACCUGCAUGUGCCGUCUGCCAGAGCUUGCAGGGACCUGCCGGGGUGGCAUGUCCCCAAGUGUCCCUGCUUCUCGCCCGGAGCGGUGACGGGGGCUGAGCGGGACCGGGAGGCAGCAGGAUGGGAAGGAUCAUCCUUUUUAUCCUUCGAUCGACUCGAUAGCUCUCUUUCUCUCGGGGAGGGGGGCUGCAUAACGUGCUGUUGUAUAUCGAGUUAUUAAACGCCACCACUUUGUACCCUG